AUGGCCAAGAAGGUGAAAUGGCCAAAGCCAUAUACAGCCAAGAUUGCCAUGUGCGACCCAGAGACACAAACUACAUCAAAGAAGUCCUUGGCCAUCAUGUUGCCACAUGAAUUGCAAUGGGCUGUAUUGAAAUGGAAUCAAGGCCUUGACGCAAGGGGCAGGCUUUUGAACUGGCAAAGCGUCAGAGCAGAUGUGAGGCAGAGGGUGGCCUCCUCAGUGGAGACCCUGAGAUUGAACCCAGAAGCUUUAAUGAUUUGGGGCCUCUGGAUCGAUGGUGCGCCAGUGAAGUACGACAGAUCUGAGAGUCUAGAGAUGUUUUCCUUGAACCUGCCUCAUCUCAACCAGACAGCUGCAUCCACAAUGAGAUUUCCAGUGACACGCAUCAAUAAGAUUUUUGCCAGCAAGGAUGGGCAAACCGCGCAUGACAUUAUGGCUGUGACGCAGUGGUCCUUUCAUUGUAUGGCCGAAGGAUGUUUCCCACAAGUGGAUCACACAGGAGUAGGCUUGUCCACCUUUGAGGUGGACUGGCUGCAUGCCUGUGAUUUGGGAGUAGGAGCAGAUUUAUUUGGCAACCUGUUGUUCCUGGUUUGCAAGCACAACAGUGGGUCUACAGAGGAGCAGCGAGUUGCAAGUGUUUGGAGAGACAUCAAGCAGUGGUAUGUCCAGAACCAAGUUGCCAACCAGUUCCAAAGCAUCGCCAAGCUCAUGAUUAGAAAGAAAGCUUCUUCCAGCCCUAAACUUCGAGGCAAGGCUGCUGAAAUUCGAUCUUUGAUUCCAUGGGCUGUGGAUAUUACAGAGCGAUUAUUUGGCGAUGCUGAUCCCUCCUCAGAGGAGGGCACAUGCAGAUUGGCAGCCCAGCAUCUCAACACUGGCUAUGGCCAGCUCUCUACUGCCACCUUCAAUCCUGAGAUUUUAUCUUACGCUUGCAGAAAAUUUCUUUUGUUGUACACAGCACUUGAAGUGCAUGGUCAGGAAUCAUGUCGCUGGAGGUUUAAACCGAAGUUCCACCUCUGGCAACACCUCUGCGAGUCCACAGAGAGUGCACCCAGCCUCUACUGGACCUACGAUGACGAGGAUUGGGGUGGCACUGUGGGCAAGAUGAGUGUGAGGCGAGGUGGUAAGAAUCAAGCAUUCACUCUUUCUGCAAAUGUCUUGACAAAAUUUCGAGCACAGAACAAGAUCCCAGAAUUCUGA